AUGUCCGCCGUCCGAUUCACCCGCGCCGCUACGCGCACUACCGCGCAGCUUCGCGCUCCCGUCCAGCGCCGCUUUGCCAGCACCCAAAACGAGUUCAUCAAGGAGCGUCAGCACAUCAAGGAGCACGCCACUGGUACCACUGAGCUGUGGAAGAAGAUCUCUCUCUACGGUGUCGCUCCCUGCCUUAUCGCCGCUGGUGCCAACGCCUACUGGCUCUGGAGUGAGCACUGGGAGCACUGGAGCCACAUGCCUCCUCUGGAGGAGCGCACCGAGUACCCUUACCAGAACAUCCGUACCAAGAACUACCAGUGGGGUAACGGAGACAAGACUCUUUUCUGGAACGAUGAGGUUAACUAUCACAACAAGGACAAGACCGCCUAA